AUGAGCGAUCCUGAUAAGAAAUGUAAGAAGGGUUUGCCUAAGGCUUCGCAAAGUGCCCCCGAUUUUAAAGUGACUUCUUCUGAAGAAACAGUUUCUGAUGUCGUUGAGGAAGUAGAAGAUAAGAACCAAAACAAAGAAAGGAAGAAUUCCUUGAACAACGACACGCAACCAAAACCAAAAGAACGGCGGCUAACCCCAACAAUAUCAAUAGAAUCGGUUUCAACGUUCUUAAAGAAUAGCAUUUUGCCUACCGAGAAGUCUGCAGAGCAGAAAAAGGAAGAAAAGAUGAUCGUCAGGCCAGGAAUAUGUAGAUUACCGUUACAUGAAAUUCCGGAAUUCUGCCUCUCGUUGAGCGGAUGUGGCUUUUUAGGUUCAUAUCAUUUUGGAGUUGUUAAUUGUUUUUUGAGAAACGGAAAGCCUGUGAUGUCGAAGCUGAAGCGUGUUAGUGGAGUUUCUGCUGGAUCUUUGGUUGCGGCUCUGCUUGUUCUCAACCCCGAGAAAUUACCUCGGGCAUUGGACAUGCUUUACACAAUGGCGGACGAGUUGAACUCUCUCAAAUUUGGUGCUUUAACUCCCGGCUAUUAUCUUAAUGAGAAGCUUAUAAAGGUCGUUGAAGAUUAUUUGCCUGAAGAUAUCAGCGCUGCGGAAAAUAAACUCUACGUUUCAUUAACAGCUCAAGAUUCUAGGGAUAAUGUUCUCGUUAAAUCGUUUCCAACUAGGGAACAUCUGAUUAAGUGUUUAUUAGCUAGUUGCUACAUUCCAAUCUAUUCUAUGGGAUAUGCAGGUCAACCUCCGGUUAUCGAGGAUGUGGCUUACAUAGAUGGUGGAUAUACGAAUAAUCUUCCUGACUUCAAAGAUAUCAGAACUAUCACAGUUUCACCUUUCAGUGGGAAUGCUGAUAUAUCCCCAUCCGAUUCUAGUAUACUCUUUGAUUGGCAGAUGACGUUAGGUACUCACACAAUGAAGGUAAACUUACAGAACAUAGUUCGUGGAGCUCAAGCAUUGUUCCCUCCAAAACGAAGUGUUCUCGAAAGUUAUUAUGAAGCAGGUUAUAAAGAUGCGUUCAAGUUUCUUCUUGAGCAUCAUCUGAUACAAAGACAAGCAGGAACUGCGGUUUAA